AUGCCCUUGUUUUUAGAGGAACAUGCACAGUACUUGAAAAAGUAUCUGGAAAAGGCAUUAGAACCCAUUUCCGAUGCUGAUGCUGGCGUGUUGUCAGAUUAUGCUAUGGCUCUUUUGCGGCAUGAAUCUUCAGAAGAGGAAGUUCGUCAAUUAUGUUACUCGCAGCUUGAAGACUUUUUGAGGCAAGAAACUGUUCCUUUUGUUGAUAAAAUAUUUGAUGUUUUACGUGAACGAUCCUAUCUCGAAGAAGCCCCAGAAGUGGCCGCUACUGUACUAGCAAAUGAACCACCCCAGUAUUCCGAUAGCUAUUCUUUUCCUCCGAAACAGAGUGCUCCUGUUCCAAAUUACGUCGCUCCAACUCCGCAAAAUCCAAAUGCGUUCUUUCCUCCAAUGCCUCCCAUGAUGCCAAUGCCAAUGUAUCCUCCUCCUGCGAUGUCUGAUUCAAGGUUUAUGCCAGAGAAUCCUGGAUUUUAUAACCCUUCUAGUCCAGCUGGAAUUCCUCCUUUUCCUCUCCCUUUUCCUCCUGUAGGUCAUCCAUCUUCAUAUUUAAAAAUGAAAAACAAAAAGCGGCCUGUUUCAAGAAAUGACCCUUACGGGGCGGGUCAAGCAGGUUUUGGUGGCCGUAAUUUUAAGGGUGGUCCGAUGGGUCAACGGCCUGCUCGUAUUGCGUCGAAUGAUCCAACGAAUACAGUUUUACAUGUUCGUAAUAUUCCCCAAGAAUAUAUGGAUGAAGAGAAAGUCCAUUCGUUUUUUUCCAAAUUCGGUAUUCUCGAAAAGGUUGAACUUGAUCCUGAGCAUCAUGCAGCUAUAUUGACUUUUACAUCUCAUGAGGCGGCUCAGAAUGCAUGGACAACGCCAGAGCCAAUAUUCAACAAUAGAUUUAUUAAAAUUUUUUGGUAUAAUUCUAAUAAAGCUUCCCAAGGUCGACCUGCCUUCCGCAAAGAUUUUUCUCAAGUUUCAUCAGAAUCUCCAGAUGUUGAAUAUCAAGAGGACGAGGACCCCACUCUUUUAUUGCAAAACGAAGAUUUUCAUAAGGAUAUUGCCGAAAAGCAAAAACUGCAUGAAGGACGAAUGAAGCGUCUAGAAGAAAACAAAAAAGCCCUGGAAGAGUUGAACAAAAGAAAACAAGAAUUGGCUUUGCAGCAGCUUGAACAACAAAAGUUACUAAUGAGCAAGAUGAGGGAAGCCGACCCUGAAAGCAAGAACAAUUCACAGCUAUUGGAAACUCAGCUAGCAGUCCUAAAAGCGGAAGCUGAAAGUUUGGGUAUUCCUGUAGCAGGUGAGGGAAGUCAGGCAGGUCAGUCCACGAAUCAUCAUCCUUCUUCAUCCUUAGCUUCUCAGCGAGGGUCUUCUGCAUAUAGAGGAAGAGGUAGAGGUGCAUUCUCUUUGGCAUCAAUGUCCAUAGACAAUCGGCCUACAAAGAUUAAAGUUAAAAAUGUGACGCCCGAGAAGAAUGAAACUUUACUACAAUCCGUUUUCAGUAUUGGCGAUUAUGAAAGUAUUGAUGAACUUAAUCCUGAUGAACGGUUGAUUAAUUUUCAAAAUAGAAAAUCAGCAGAACGCUUUUACCAUGGAGUCUUACGCAUUCCUUCUUUGAAAGAUGUUCAAUUAGAAUGGGUUGCCAAAACUGCUACUAUACCUUUACAAACUUCGGAAAACAUGAUGGAAGACGGCAAUGAAUAG